ACAUUGGCAACCCAUCCUCCUCCUCCUCCUCCUCACUGCAGCCCGUUCAGCUCCACACUAUACCCUUCUCUCCAUCUCUCUGCCAGCCGCCGGACGCCGCACCGUGUCCUCCACCGGACCAUAUAACCAAUAUCAGCCUUUAGGAACAAGCGUAAAAAUCGGCCAUCAUGUCCUCAGUGCUGCAGAAACUGAUCAGCCCUCUGGCCAGCAGCCCCGCUGAGCCUCCCAGGAACAAGGUGACGGUGGUCGGGGUGGGCCAGGUGGGCAUGGCCUGUGCUGUCAGCAUCCUGCUGCGGGACCUGUGUGAUGAGCUGGCUCUGGUGGACGUGAUGGAGGAUCGUCUCAAGGGAGAGAUGAUGGACCUGCAGCACGGCAGCCUCUUCCUCAAGACCUCCAAGAUUGUCGCAGACAAAGACUACGCGGUGACUGCCAACUCUCGUCUGGUGGUGGUGACGGCCGGUGUUCGCCAGCAGGAGGGCGAGAGCCGCCUCAAUCUGGUGCAGAGGAACGUCAAUGUCUUCAAGUCCAUCAUCCCCCAGAUCAUCAAAUACAGCCCCAACUGCACACUCAUCGUGGUCUCCAACCCUGUGGACGUGCUGACCUACGUGACCUGGAAACUGAGCGGCCUGCCCAAGCACCGCGUCAUCGGCAGCGGUACCAACCUGGACUCGGCCCGCUUCCGCUACAUGAUGGCCGAACGCCUCGGCAUCCACGCCAGCUCCUUCAACGGCUGGGUGCUGGGAGAGCACGGAGACACCAGCGUGCCAGUGUGGAGCGGCGCUAACGUGGCAGGAGUCAACCUGCAGAAGCUGAAUCCUGACAUUGGCACUGAUGCUGAUAAGGAACAGUGGAAGGCCACACACAAAGCGGUAGUGGACAGUGCCUACGAGGUGAUCAAGCUGAAGGGCUACACCAACUGGGCCAUCGGUCUGAGCGUGGCAGACCUGCUGAGAGAUUUGAUCAAGAACAUGAGCCGUGUCCAUCCUUUCUCCACAUGGGCAAAAGACAUGUACGGUAUUGGUGAGGAGGUCUUCCUGUCUCUGCCCUGCGUGCUGAACAACACCGGCGUGAGCAGCGUGAUCAACAUGACCCUGACGGACGCCGAGGUGGGCCAGCUGAAGAAGAGCGCCGACACACUGUGGGGCAUCCAGAAGGACCUCAAGGACAUCUGAACACACCCGCACACACAAUACGCAGCCGUGAUGCAGAGAGGCCUGUCGACACGCACACACUCCUUUUGUAUAACCUCCCUCUCUCUUAGAUUGUAUCGCUCUUAUUUUGAAGGAGAGUACCAGUGUUUUUGUAAAAAUAGUGCCAGUGAGAAUUUCAGUUACAUGUCCGGCCUGAUUUGAUUGUUAGUGCCGAAUUAUGUCACCAUCUUCUACCUGUCAAUCACCUGACAGCUUUAAGUCUAUAAAAUUCCUUUAUUCUCCUUUAAAACAAUCCGCACAUUUCCUCCCCAGUAGGCUGAAGUUGCUGUGUUACCGUGUUUGUGUUAGGAGUUGUAAGCUGACCUGUGUUACCACAGUCUUUAUGGAUUCUUGUGUUUCAGCUGUUUUGGACCAGGAACACAACCCUCAAAAAGCCAAACGUGUCACUUGUCCUCCUCCACCACUUCCUGUACUGAGUCGUUCAUGUAGAUCUCGGCAGGGAAUCAUGAGAGAAAGACCCUAAAUGUCCAGAAAAAGACCCUAAAACUCUGAAAGGAAACAGUUUUUCUCACACUUUUGUCUAAAUGUGGUACUCUGCAGCAGACAAACAACUGCACACCCAGGUCAAAUCGAUGAAAAUGUCACAUUGUGAGUGUGAAGGUGGAUUUUUUCUUCCCCUCCUGUUUUCUCGGUGUUAGUAAAGGGAGAUGGAGCAGCAGAGAAGAGUGGAAACGUCUAGCUCCAAUUGUCUUUUUGAACAAGUGUGACCUAGUGUUGGAAACUGUGUUGGAAACAGCAAUGUGUAACUUAAUAAAUUUGAACCUCAUGAAG